GCCAGCUUGUCGCCGGUUGUAGUUGUCAGUAUGCCAAAGGUAGCCAAAGGGAACGGGAACCGAGAAUGGCUGCAGUAACGGAUGAUUUUACUAAGAAGUGCGAAAUCAAGCAGAAUGACACGCUGGGCAAGUUCGUGGUCGCCCGGUGUAAUCUUCGUGCUGGCGAGACCCUCCUGCUGGAGCAACCCAUUGUGGUGUUGCCCCAAAUGGGCGAUCGACGCUGCUCCAAGUGCUUCAGGCUCACCGAGAGCUUUUGCAGAAAGUGCCGCCUUUUGGCCUUGUGUGAGGACUGCGAAGAUCACGACGCUCGCAAUUGCCAGAAGCUGAUCGAAAUGCGUCCCUCGGAGGCGCAGGUGGCAGUUCUGCAGGGCAAGGAGCAUACCGAAGUCCAGGCGGCCCUAAAAUGUUUGCUAUUGAGGGAGCACCAGGAAACGCAGCCUCUGUACGAGGAGAUGACCCAAAUGGAAACCCAACUGGGGGCCAGGAAGGGCACGGAAAUCUGGAAAAACUACAACGAACAUGCUUUUGUUCCUCUUGAAACUGGCGGAGUGCUGGCGAAACUGAAAAGUGGAGCAGAUGAGGAUCUUGUGCAGGGUCUACUGGGCAUCCUGGACGUCAAUGCCUUUGAGAUCAGGGCUCCGGAGCCGGGUGGCUCCAUGAGAGGAUUGUAUCGCAGGGCGGCCCUGUUCCCACACAGCUGCAUGCCCAAUCUGCAGACCGCCAUUGAUGACGACCGGAGGAUUAAGGUGUUCACCAAUCGGUUUAUAGCCGCCGGCGAGAUCCUCUACAAUUGCUACACCAACAUCCUUCUGGGCAGCGAGGAGCGACGGCAAAUCCUCAAGGAGGGCAAAUGCUUCGACUGCUCCUGUCCACGUUGCCAGGAUCCCACCGAGCUGGGCACCCACAUGAGCAGCUUCAUCUGCAGCCAGUGUUCCUGCUCCGGCGGCUAUAUAAUCCGCCAGCCGGAGACGGGAAUCUGGCAGUGCCUCCUUAAUCCGGAACACACUUUAAAACCUGAGUUCGUAUCGAAUAUGCUGGAGCGAGCAAAAGAGGAGAUAUUCCAUGCGAGGGAUGAUAUCUACAGGUUGGAGCUUCUGUUGGCUAAGUUAACCCGACUGCUUCAUCAGAACCACUUCUUAAUGCUGGACAUAAAACAAAACAUUGCCUCCAUCCUGCGUCAGAUUCUUCAGAACAUAUCCCAUCGGCCCAAUAAAAAGGUCUACGAGCGGAAGAUUCGUUUGUGUCAGGAGAUCCUAUUGGUACUGAAGGUCAUAGCCCCCGGAAUAUCCAGGUUAAAAUCUAUCGCUCUCUAUGAACUGGCCAACACGCAGGCCGAAUUGGCCAGAAAGCUGUUCAGCGAGCAGGAGCAGAGUUCCAGGGAUCUGCUGGCGGAAUUGGAACAAGUGGAAAUCAUGCUACGGGAAUCCCUGCGAAUGCUUCUAUUUGAGCCCUUGGCCACUCCAGAGGGUCAGCUAUCGCGCACCAUGCUCAGAGAGCUCAAGGAGCUGCAGGAUGAUAUAAAGAAUCUUCAAGAAUCUAUUGAAGAUGUGGUACAUCAGUAAAAACUUGCGCCGUCGCAGUACAAGGCAUUGCAAUUUCAAUUCAACAAGAGCUAUUUUGGACAUUUUAAUUUAAUAUAUUACAAAGCUUUAUAUAAAUAAAAAUGUAACGUACACAGGAAAAAAUGU